UCUUCUUCUUCCGGGGGGGAAAAAGUUACUGCUCCACGGGACUCGAGUUUACACGUUGGCACACACAGAGAGAGAGAGAGAGUUUUUUGGCCGCACAAGGGACGUAAGUUCACCGGAACUUCGUUAGUGUUGCGCCACCGAGACAUGGCUGCCACUGCCGGGUCUUGGGGUGGCGCAUCCCUAACCGCGUCACCCCAAAGUCCAAAUAGUUCAACACCAGUCAUUCAGUAAUUUGUUAUUUCUACUAAGAGCAACGUCCACGUUUUGUACAGGAAGGCUUGCUCGGAACGUUGCAGUGACCGGCAACGUUCUAAUCGGUGGGAAGAAGAGAUGCUUCAAUUGCAAAGAAGUGAAGAAUUGUUCUUGGGAACUUUGACGGUAAGAGAAACCCUAGCAUACUCUGCAAAUCUGAGGCUUCCUUCUAGAAUGACCCGAGAGGAGAUAAACAAGGUGGUGGAAGAAACCAUAAUCCAGUUGGGUCUAGAAGAAUGUGCGGACAGUAAGCUUGGGAACUGGCAUUUACGUGGUAUUAGCAGUGGUGAAAAGAAGAGGCUCAGCAUUGGCCUUGAGAUUUUAACACAACCCCACGUCUUGCUUCUGGAUGAACCGACGAGUGGACUUGAUAGUGCCUCUGCUUUCUAUGUGAUUCAAACCCUAUGCAGCAUUGCUCAUGAUGGAAAGGUCGUUGUCUGUUCCAUUCACCAGCCGAGCAGUGAAAUCUUUAACCUUUUUGAUGAUCUUCUCUUGCUAUCGAGCGGAGAAACUGUUUAUUUUGGAGAAACAAAGAUGGCUUUGAAGUUCUUUGCUGAUGCAGGGUUCCCCUGUCCCACUAGAAGAAAUCCUUCGGAUCAUUUCCUUCUCUGUGUUAAUUCGGACUUUGAUGCCAUUACUGUAGCUCCGAUGAAAUCUGAACCUGCGUCAUCAAAUUCUACAACAGGCAAUAAAACAGAAGACAUUAGAGCGACACUCAUUGAGAGUUACAAAAAUUCAGGGCAAAUAAUCGAUGCCAAAAGGAUAAUUCAGUGUUUGAAAUCCAAUUUGCAGGGAGACGAAUUGAUUGAGUCCAACGUAAGGGGCAAUACCAGCUACUGGAAGCAGCUCUACACUUUGACCCAUCGAUCAUUCUUAAACAUGUCAAGGGACCUAGGCUACUAUUGGCUGAGGAUCUUUUUCUAUUCACUGGCAGCCACUGGCAUUGGUCUUUUCUUUUAUCAUCUUGGUACUGACAAGGACUCGAUCUUGGCCAGAGGGAAGUGUGUAUCAUUCAUAUAUGGGUUCAUAAUUUGUCUGUCAUUUGGAGGAUUACCGGUUUUCAUUGAAGAAUUGAAGGUGUUCUACGGUGAAAGGUCCAAAGGGCAUUAUGGGGAGGCUGUGUUUGUACUAUCAAACAUCCUGUCAUCUUUCCCUUUCCUACUUGUUACGUCGCUCUUCUUUGUUACAAUCACAUACUCCAUGGUGAAACUUCACCUGGGUUUAGCUCAAUGUAUUUUCUUCUUCCUCAACUUAUUCGUCUGCUUAUCUAUCAUCGAGGGCUGCCUUAUGGUAGUAGCUUCACUGGUGCCUAAUGUCCUCAUGGGCAUAGGAGUAGCAACUGGAGUAACCCUUUUCAUGGUGAUGUGUUCUCCAUUGUUCAGACCACUACCUGACCUACCUAAGCUGUUUUGGCGCUACCCCAUGUCCUACUUGAGCUUUGCUACAUGGGCAGUGCAGGGUCAACUCAAGAAUGACAUGCUGGGGCUUGAAUUUGAUCCUCUGAUUCCUGGUAACCCCAAAGCUAAGGGAGAACAAGUUCUGAAAUUGACAUUUGGGGUCUCAACUAAUCAUGACAAGUGGUGGGACAUGACAGCAUUGGUCACCCUGUUUAUAGCUCACCGAUUUAUCCUUUUCUUAGUACUUCGGUAUGACAAAAGACAGAUAUCACCCUUGCGGUGGUUUUAUGCCAAAGUAAGUCCACACUAUAGUGAAGGGUUUUCACUGAGCAAUAAGCAGCGUCGUAUGGCUUUCAAGAAACAGCAAGCUCUUCCGUUAUCUGCUGAAUAUUAAUAGGGCAUCACGUCUUCAAAAGAUGCAAUAUAGAUAUAUUAUCAUGCCCGAUUUCUUCUUACACCCCACGUGCAGGGAAAAUGAUACAGUAAAAUAUUUGAUAGCCAUGUUUUGGAUUGUUUAGUUGUGUUGUCUAUAUCAUUUAUGUGGUCCUUGGGUAUGCGUUUAAGUCUGCAAUAACUGUAUGAGUCAUGUAUGAGUCAUGUAUAGUGUGGGUUAUCCAACUACCCUACCCGAGUGGGGCUAUUUUGUUAAAAAAGUGAGUUCAAGAAAUGGAAUAACCAGAAUUGGAAAGUU